AAGAGCUUAAAAUCUGUUGCUUCCCGAUGCUCAUGCACACAUUGCUCCAGAGAGUCUCACAACCAAGAUGCCUGUUGACUAUAGUGGAACCUGGGACAUUGUCAGCAAUGUCAACUUUGAAGGAUACAUGGUUGCUCUGGGCAUUGACUUUGCAACACGCAAGAUCGCCUCAGUGUUGAAACCCCAGAAGGUGAUAGAGCAAAAGGGCGACUGUUUCACAAUCAAGACUUUCACCACGUUUAAAAACUACGAUGUGUCAUUCAAAGUCGGAGAAGAGUUCAAAGAGGUUACUAAGGGCUUGGACAACCGGCUGUGCCAGACUGUGGUCAACUGGGACAAUGACAAGCUUGUGUGUGUUCAGAAAGGGGAGAAAAAGAAUCGAGGGUGGACUCACUGGAUUCAGGAUGGAGAACUGCAUCUGGAACUCUUCUGUGGGGAGCAGGUCUGCAAUCAAGUUUAUAAAAGAACACUGUGAUGUAGUAGACCAUUACUAGGUUGUCUCAGUUAAAACUAUUUGCAUGAAACAGACAAAGCCUGUUAGUGAUAAAGGACAUUUUCAUAUCCUGUUUUUUCUUUUUAAUGAAACAUCCAGAUAAAUAUAAUUUUGCAUAAGUACACUAAUUAACAAAUAAAUAAAAGUAUUCAUUCUUCAAAACCGA